UAAUGGAAGGAAGAGAACGUUCAAAAACUUUCAUAAGUCCAUGCCGCCCACUAAAUGCAGAUAUGUUAACACCAGACGGGAAAAUGCUUAUUAAUUUUGGUGCAAAAUUACGUUCAAUUCUAUCUACAGACAAACAACAAAAACAGGUUUAGAAAAAAAUUUAGGGAAAUUGAUACAAGGGGGGACAGUACAAAAUAACGUUUGAUUUGGGUUCCAAAAACUUUUUGAUGUUCAGAACAUAAAACCACGGAGUCUGGGACAUUCUCAUAGAAAGCUGCUAAACCAAAGUUAAAAAUAUUUAA